AUACAAAUAAUCGAUAUCAAAAUAAUCGAGAUGACAUCGACGACUCCUAGCGGUACAUUGCGCGUGUACUUGUUGCGGGACGUGUUGUGCUCUAAUUAAUCAUGACGAUCGAAGAGGAAUUGAAAGAAUACAGGCGUAAGAAGCGUAAGGAAAAGAUUACGAAGUCGAUUAAAAUCGCAAUUGAAAAUAUGUUCUCGUGGAAUAGCAAUUGUGAAGCGGAAAAAUUGAUUGAAAAAUCAACAAAGGAAGAGGAGAUUCAGCUUUGUAAGAAGGCACAAGAUGUACAGGAUGUACAGGAAGAUAAUUUGGAUACUUGCUUGGAAAAUAAUACACAGGAAUCAGAAAGUACAGUUAUUACUAAAGUGAUUUAUAUAUUGUACUUCAUGCUAUGGGUUACACUAUAUGCUAUUGCAGUGGAGUAUGAAUUUGGUGCUGUUUAUUUCAUAUUGUCGACUUUAAUAUUUAUUUGGUUAAAUACUAGAUCCGGACCAAAGCAAAAAGGUGAACCUAGUGCCUAUUCUGUUUUUAAUCCAAAUUGUGAAGCUAUAGAAGGAACACUUGAUGCAUCACAAUUUGAGAGAGAAAUAAGAUACGGUAUAGGAGGGUGCCAAUAAAUUAAGACAAAUUGAUAAUCUAUAUGUAAGCAUAGUAUUAUGUUGAUGCAUUUUAAUUUAUUUAAAAUCUGAAAGUAUAGCUAAUUUUCUUUCAUGUGGUAUAAUAAUUUAAGCAUUAUAUGAUGCAAAUGGCAAUUAUAACUUUACUAUUUGAAAGAAUACAUGAGUUAAGCCUAUAAUGUCUAAACAUAAAUGUAGAUUAUGUUUAAUGCAAUUGAUUCGCAUCUGAAUAUAUAUCUGUAAAAAUCUUGUCUUA